AAGAGACCAGUCUCCCAGGCAGUGGUCAUGCAGAUACAGCCUAACCACUAAGAAAACUGCCCAGGGAGAGGCAGAAUUAUGGAAUCUAUUGAGGUGUAGCCAGGGUAUCUCAUGUGUCCUGAACUGUUAAGAAUUCAUCUUAAUUUAGCCUUUGUAAUUGAGUUUAUUUCUGUAUCAGAACUGCGGAAGGGUUCAUUUCAGUAGUGGGUGAAGUUUGAUGCUGAAAAUGGAAAAAGAUUACACAAGUCAACUGCUGCUGCUUUGUAGGACACUGCGAACAAGGUCACACAAAGAAAUUUAAGGCAAUGAGUUAAUACUCGGUGGCAAUUUUAACAACUUAUCAUCUGCUUGCAUUAGAAAGUAACAAUUCCCUAUCCCCAGUAAGGUUUUGGUUUUUUUUUUUCCCCUCGAGGAAAAUAAAAGAAAUAGCAAAAAGUAUUUUAGGUUAUUUCCCAAGGCUCAGUUACCUGAAGAUUCCACAGUUCUGGAAGAUGAUAAGUAAGUGCUCUGUGCCUGAUAAUUUCAAAAGAGAGGGGAGUCUUGAAUUCUAGGAGAAUGCUGAAGGUAGGGGUGAUCAUAUCUCAUACGAUACAUGAGCAUACUCUGUGUGUAUCAUAUAUAAUUUGCAUGGACUCCAAUCGAGAGAGCAUCAUUCUGUAGUUAAGACUGGAUGCUGUAAGGAGGUGAGGAUGCAGCUGCAGGGUUUAGGUUGCUCCAGGAAAGGCUCAGCUCUGAGCCGACCUCCAGCUCUCCGAGCCCUGCCUGUCUGAGGGUGAUCGGAGCUGUCUUAUCGGCUCUGAAUAAAAACAGUCUCGUUUUUUGGGGACGCGCAUAAAAAUCUAGCUAGAGGCAAGUGUUGGUGUGGUUGGAACCCCUGGUGCUGCGUGUGCACCCGCUUAUGGAGGGAGCUCCCCGGGGCCCUGAGUGCGGAGCGGCACUGCUGGCCCGGUCCCGGAGGAGCCGGUCGGGCAGCGCCGGUCCGGUCCGCUGCUGGGAGCAGCAGAACCAUCGGGCAGGGCAGGGCUGGUGCCGGUCCGGUGCCCGGAGCAGCAGAACCAUCGGGCAGGGCCGGUCCGGUCUGGUGCAGGGAACAGCAGAACCAUCGGGCAGGGCAGGGCUGGUGCCGGUCCGGUGCCGGGAACAGCAGAACCAUCGGGCAGGGCCGGUCCGGUCUGGUGCAGGGAACAGCAGAACCAUCGGGCAGGGCUGGUGCCGGUCCGGUGCCGGGAACAGCAGAACCAUCGGGCAGGGCAGGGCUGGUGCCGGUCCGGGCCGGUGCCCGGAGCAGCAGAACCAUCGGGCAGGGCAGGGCUGGUGCCGGUCCGGUGCCCGGAGCAGCAGAACCGAUCGGGCAGGGCCGGUGCCCGGAGCAGCAGAACCAUCGGGCAGGGCAGGGCUGGUGCCGGUCCGGUGCCCGGAGCAGCAGAACCAUCGGGCAGGGCAGGGCUGGGGCGCGGAGGGCUGGCGAAGGGAGGAGCUGACCUCUGCGAGCACCCGGGGCUGCCAGCCUUACUCAGCCUUCGCUGAGUAAGAGAUGGGAACGGUUCCACGAGCAGCCGGAUCCGAAGGGAUCUCUGCCCCGGUGCCGAGGGAGAGCCCUGCUCGCCUCUCUCGCACCGGUGCCGUGCCUGCCGUCGCCAGGCUCCGCUCCCGGGGACAGCGGGAAUGCUCCCUGAAAUGUUCGUGUGUCCAAGUGACUGACCCACCUUACAUCACUUGCCAGUAGUGAUUAGGGUUUUAUUCACCAGGAGAAAAGUGAGGUCUGAGUCUGGUUUUUUUUU